AUGUCUCGAAAGAAGGUGAAGCUUGCCUACAUCCAAAACCACCCAACUCGAAAACUAACAUUCAAAAAAAGAAAGAAGGGUUUCAUGAAAAAGAUGAGUGAAAUCACUACCCUUUGUGAUGUUGAGGCCUGUGCUGUCGUUUACGGACAGAACGAUACUCAGCCUGAGGUUUGGCCAUCUCCUUCGGGAGUACAAGGCACAUACGCGAAGUUCAGGACAAUGCCGCCAAUGGAACAGACCAAAACGCAGCUGAACAUUGAGGCUUUUCUGAGGCAGCAGAUCGAGAAGGCAAAGGACCAGCUGAGGAAACAGAAGAAGGAGAAUCGGGAGAAAGAAAUGUCAAUCAUGAUGAGUCAGUGUUUAGCUGGGAGGUCCCUGCAAGAUCUGAACAUGGGGGAUCUGAAUGACCUAGGGUGGGUGAUUGACCACAAAGUGGAGGAGAUAAACAGAAAAGUGAAGAAAGUGCAGGAAGAGCUGGCUCAAAACGAGAACAAUCAUGUCCAAGUAGUACCAACACCACCACCACCACCAGCAGCGAUUAGUGGCAGAAUAAUGCACAUGCAACAAGCUCAGUCGGCUGCACCGAUGGAGAUAAUGACUCCACAAGACUAG